AGCAUUGUCAACUUUUGUCCUCAAAUAAUAAAGCUUUAGUUGUUUGUAAUUUUUCAGAGAAAAAUUACGGAAUUUUCAACCUUCAGAACUAUUUUAAAGAGUUUGAACUGAUUGAAGAGAAAGGUGAACAGUGUAAAGAAGAGAUUGGUGAAGGGAAUGAACUGAUUGAAGAAGAAAUACCUAAUAGCCGUCUAUUAUAUUAUGAACCAUGGAUUGAAGAAGAGAAUGAAGAGAAUAAGCAGAAGGAAGAAAGUGAAUUUAAGCCAGGGAUAAAAUUUCUAAAAGAAAAUUCAUUACGCCUCAUCGUUGGUUAUGACACAAUACAAGUGUGGGGAUAUUCUGAACUUUUAUACAUCUGGUCAAUUUGGUCGAAUCAAGAAUACAAAGAUAAAAAGAUAAACUCGUUUAAAAUAAUUAGAGACGAUGAAAAAGGAUUAGAAAUCAGCCUAAGAUUAGAAACCGAUGAUAUCGAUAAAAAUAUUACUGUUAUUAUUCCAAAGAAUGCACUUUCGGAGCAAAUGACAGAUGAGCAAGUUUUUCUCGACAAUCUUAAUGCAUUCAAAUUUCUGUCUUCGAUAUGUCAACUAGAUUCAAUUGCCAAAAAUAAUCAAUUAAAAGAAAUUCGGAUGGCGACCAAAGAAAUGCUAAUUAAAAAAGUCGAAUCCCAAGAAGAAAUACCCAAUAGCCGUCUAUUAUAUUAUGAACCAUGGAUUAAGGAAGAGAAUACACAGAAUGAAGAAAAUGAAUUUAAGCCAGGAAUAAAAUUUCUAAAAGACAAUUCAUUACGCCUCAUC